CCUCCCCAGAACUCAGCUCCCGCCCCCGCCCCUCGAGGGAUGGAGCUCCUCCCACCCACGCUCCUUGGAGAAGUUCGAGAUUUCCAAGGGCUCGCGCACGGGCAAUGCAUGCCUCAUCGAGAGGCGGGGUCACACUCAGAGCCAAUGAGAGUUUGAGGGGGCGUGGAGGGCAGGGAAUCUUCCAGAGGCAGAAAUCCACGGAAGUUCUAAAGAGGGUUCUGGCAGUCUUGGGAGAGAGUUAUGCAGUCUAAACGGGAGUGUGAGCAAUGGUGUGAGAGGGUGAAUCCAGAGAACAAGGCAGCCCUGGAGGCGUGGGUAAGGGAGACUGGCAUCCGCCUGGUGCAGGUCAACGGGCAAAGGAAGUAUGGCGGGCCGCCCCCAGGCUGGGUGGGCAGCCCGCCACCUUCAGGGUCCGAGGUGUUUAUCGGACGGCUACCGCAAGAUGUGUACGAGCACCAGCUGAUCCCACUCUUCCAGCGCGUGGGGCGCCUCUAUGAGUUCCGACUGAUGAUGACCUUCAGUGGCCUAAACCGUGGCUUUGCCUAUGCGCGCUACAGCUCACGGCGCGGCGCCCAAGCUGCCAUUGCUACGCUGCACAACCACCAGCUGCGGCCUUCUUGCCAGCUCCUGGUGUGCCGAAGCACCGAGAAGUGCGAGCUGACGGUGGAUGGGCUGCCUGCGAGCCUGAACCGCCGUGCGCUACUGCUAGCCCUGCAACCUUUGGCUCCCUGCCUGCAAGAGACACUGCUGCUACCUAGCCCCCGUUCUGCGCCCUCUCAGAUUGCGCUGCUCAAGUUCAGCACGCAUCGAGCUGCUGCCAUGGCCAAAAAGGCCCUGGUAGAAGGGCAGUCCCGCCUCUGUGGAGAACAGGUGGCUGUGGAGUGGCUCAAGCCAGACCUGAAACACCACUUCCGCCAACAGCUUGCAGGUCCCUCGCUGCGGUUCCUACAGCCAGAGGGCAGCCAGCUAACCCAGACCAGGGACAAGCUAGGGUCCCAAGGGGCUCGGGCUGCUCUGCAGCUGCUGUGCCAGCGAAUGAAGCUGGGCAGCCCAGUGUUCCUUACCAAGUGUUUAGCAACAGGGCCCGCUGGCUGGCAUCGCUUUUGGUACCAGGUUGUGAUCCCCGGGCACCCAGUGCCUUUCAGUGGCCUCAUUUGGGUUGUGCUGGCUUCUGAUUGGCAGGAUGGGCAUGAGGUGGCCAAGGAUGCUGUGUCUGCACAGCUGUUGGAGACACUGAGUGAGUCUAGGACCCGCUUGUGGUCUCCUGGGGCUGAGGCAGGUACUAUGGUUAAGCAGUGACCCCCCUCCCGUUCUUGCUACAGGCACCCUAAAUGGGUAGGAUGAGCCUGUACCAAUCCCCAGCCCAGCAGGCCUGGGCAGCCACAACUUGACCCUAGAGGGACAGGGGCCUGGUGACAUGUUUCCCUGCUGGGACAGGACUCUGUCACACCUCAGUGCUACUUCAGCUGUGAGGAAC